AGAGAGCAAGCGAGGUCUCAAGGGAUCGAGCGUUUGCUUUUCGUGUUCCCUUUUUCGCUUUUGGGUCGUGUGGGAGAGUCGGCCGGAGGGAUGUGUGGAGGAGCGAUCAUCUCCGACUUGGUGGAAGGAAAGGGCGGCCGGAAUCUCGUGCCGCUGCCGGAGCUCUGCCCGGCGGAGUUCGAUGCCAUGUUCGACUCCAUCGACUCCAAACCCCUCGUCCCCCAAGGAGGGUCGAGCGAGAAGACGACGAUGUCGUCGCCCGGAGUUGAGGAGAAGAGCGGGGGGAAGGGGCGGAAGAACGUUUAUAGAGGGAUCCGGCGGCGGCCGUGGGGGAAGUGGGCGGCGGAGAUCCGCGACCCAAGGAAGGGGAUGAGGGUGUGGCUCGGGACCUACAGCACCCCGGAAGAGGCGGCGCGGGCGUACGACGUGGCCGCGCUCGAUAUCCGUGGCAGCAAGGCCAAGCUCAACUUCCCGGACUCCGUCGGGGCUCCGAAGCCCCCGGAGGCGAAGAAGCAUCGCCGGGUGACGGCGGCGACGGCGGUGGAGAGCUCCGCUGCGUCGUCUUCCUCCUCCUGUUCGGUCGCUAGUUCUUCGCCGUUGGAUGGGGCGUUGAUGGAGCGGAUCUCUAACCUGGAGACGCUGUUGGGGCUGGGGGAUGAGGCGGUCGAGGGCGGUGGAAAGUACGAUCUCGGGCUGUGGGAUGACGUCCGCUUCACCUCUUGAUCGCGCGAUGGACGGAUCAGAUUUCACUUGGCGAUUUUUACGCUCUGUUAUCUUGUUUUAUUAAGUUUGAACUCAGAAAAUAGGAAUAAAAUAGCAUCGAUGUAAAUAUUUUUCGAUAGACGGCUCAGAUUUCAUCUGGCGAUUUUCGCACGUGUCUGGGGAAUGAGAUGGACAUGUACGUCGAUG